AUGAACAAGGUGCUACGACCAAAAUCACAACAAAUCAUGAUGAUAAUUCAAAAUCAUCGGCGAAAGCCACAUCUGAUAAUUCUACAACAACGCCUUCUUCAACCCACCUCUGUACCUACUCCAAUUGCGACUCCCAAUGCUCCUAUAAAUUAUUAUAAUCAAGCACCAAUCACUUUUGAUAAUAGGAAUGGUGCAACAGGUUUUGUUUUAACAACACCUCCAACACCACAAGAUUAUCCUUCAAUGACUUUUACUGGCCGAUUUACAAAUGAAAUGAUGACAACUUUCAGUUCAAGAACUGUUUCUUCGACUCCUAAAAGGUAUAAAUGUACUGUUUGUCAAAAAAGAUUUACACGGCCAAGCUCCUUACAAACUCAUAUGUAUAGUCAUACCGGUGAAAAGCCAUUUAAAUGUCCAGUAGAUGGUUGUGGUCGUCAUUUUUCUGUCAGUUGCUAUAAACCAUUUCCUGAUAAAUCGUUUUAUGUAUUUAACAAUGCACCAUAUUGUAAAAGACAUUAUCAUAAACUCAACAAUUCACUCUGCAGACAAUGUGAUGAUCCGAUAGAAGGACCAUGUGCGCAAACAGUUGAAGGAUGGAGGUAUCAUCCUCGUUGUUUUGUCUGUAUUAAUUGUGCAAUUCCACUUACAGAUAUUUAUUAUAGCUUUGAGAAUCAACAAUAUUGUGAGACACAUAUAUUGGAGAUUCAACGAAGGCGUAAGAUUAGAGCAGAGAAGAGAAUGACAAUGUUUAGGAAUAUUUAA